ACGGCAGCGGCCUGAGUAAUGUGCACCACCACUCCCUGCACCCCCGUCACGAACUGAACAUGGCCCAUAACGCGAGCGCCGCGGCCGCGGUCGCCGCCAGCACUAACAGCGCCAAGAGCGGCGGCUCCGAGGCGGAGGGUGGAAGCGCCGCCGCGCUGUCCUCCUCCUCCUCCUCCUCCGCCGCGGCGGCAGCGGCGUCCUCCUCUUCCUCCUCGUCGGGCCCGGGCUCGGCCAUGGAGACGGGGCUGCUCCCCAACCACAAACUGAAAACCGUUGGCGAAGCCCCCGCCGCAGCGCCCCACCAGCAGCAGCACCACCACCAUCACCACCACCAUGCCCACCACCUCCAACACCACCACCACCACCAUGCCCACCACCUCCACCACCUCCACCACCACGCACUACAGCAGCAGCUAAACCAGUUCCAGCAGCAGCAGCAGCAACCACAGCAGCAGCAGCAGCAGCACCAACAUCCCAUUUCCAACAACAACAGCCUCGGCGGCGCGGGCGGCGGCACGCCUCAGCCCGGUGCCGACAUGGAGCAGCCGCAACAUGGAGGCGCCAAGAACGGUGCCGCCGCGGGCAGCCAGGCCGAGCCCCCGGGCCAGCCGCUGCUGAGCAAGCCGGGCGACGAGGACGACGCGCCGCCCAAGAUGGGGGAACCGGCAGGCGGCCGGUUCGAGCAGCCGGGCCUGGGCGCGCAGCCGCCGCCGCCGCCGCCGCCGGUCGCCGUGCCCGGGGGCGGCGGAGGCGGCCCGGCGGCCGUCUCGGAGUUUAAUAAUUACUAUGGCAGCGCUGCCCCAGCUAGCGGCGGCCCCGGUGGCCGCGCUGGGCCUUGCUUUGAUCAACAUGGCGGACAACAAAGCCCCGGGAUGGGGCUGAUGCACUCCGCCUCAGCUGCCGCCGGAGCCCCCAACAGCAUGGACCCCCUGCAGAACUCCCACGAAGGGUACCCCAACAGCCAGUACAACCAUUAUCCGGGCUACAGCCGGCCCAGCGCGGGCGGCGGCGGCGGCGGCGGUGGAGGAGGAGGAGGAGGAGGAGGAGGCAGCGGAGGAGGAGGAGGAGGAGGAGGAGCAGGAGGAGCGGGAGCUGUGGCGGCGGCGGCCGCGGCGGCGGCGGCAGCAGCAGCAGCAGGAGGCGGCGGCGGCGGCUAUGGGGGCUCGUCCUCGGGGUACGGGGUGCUGAGCUCCCCCCGGCAGCAGGGCGGCGGCAUGAUGAUGGGCCCCGGGGGCGGCGGGGCCGCGAGCCUCAGCAAGGCGGCCGCCGGCGCGGCGGCGGCGGCAGCGGCGGCGGCGGCGACGGGGGGCUUCCAGCGCUUCGCCGGGCAGAACCAGCACCCGUCGGGGGCCACCCCGACCCUCAACCAGCUGCUCACCUCGCCCAGCCCCAUGAUGAGGAGCUACGGCGGCAGCUACCCGGACUACAGCAGCCCCAGCGCGCCGCCGCCGCCGCCGCCGCCGUCGCAGCCCCAGUCCCAGGCGGCGGCAGCGGCGGCGGGGGCGGCGGCGGGCGGCCAGCAGGCGGCCGCGGGCAUGGGCUUGGGCAAGGACAUGGGCGCCCAGUACGCCGCUGCCAGCCCGGCCUGGGCGGCCGCGCAACAAAGGAGCCACCCGGCGAUGAGCCCCGGCACCCCCGGCCCGACCAUGGGCAGAUCCCAGGGCAGCCCAAUGGAUCCCAUGGUGAUGAAGAGACCCCAGCUGUAUGGCAUGGGCAGUAACCCUCAUUCUCAGCCACAGCAGAGCAGCCCUUACCCUGGAGGUUCCUACGGCCCCCCAGGCCCGCAGCGGUAUCCCAUCGGCAUUCAAGGUCGGCCCCCGGGGGCCAUGGGAGGCAUGCAGUACCCUCAGCAGCAGAUGCCACCUCAGUACGGACAGCAGGGUGUGAGUGGUUACUGCCAGCAGGGCCAGCAGCCUUACUACAACCAGCAGCCGCAGCCUCCGCACCUUCCCCCGCAGGCGCCAUAUCUGCCCUCCCAGUCCCAGCAGAGGUACCAGCCACAGCAGGAUAUGUCUCAGGAAGGCUAUGGAACUAGGUCUCAACCUCCUCUGGCUUCUGGAAAACCUAACCAUGAAGACUUGAACUUAAUACAACAAGAAAGACCAUCAAGUUUACCAGUUGAAGUCUUGACCUCGGAGGAUACUGCCUUUGGACUCAAGGACCUGUCUGGCUCCAUUGAUGACCUCCCCACGGGAACGGAAGCAACUUUGAGCUCAGCAGUCAGUGCAUCUGGGUCCACGAGCAGCCAAGGAGAUCAGAGCAACCCAGCUCAGUCACCUUUCUCUCCACAUGCAUCUCCCCAUCUCUCCAGCAUCCCUGGGGGCCCAUCGCCUUCUCCUGUCGGCUCUCCUGUAGGAAGCAACCAGUCACGAUCUGGCCCAAUUUCUCCUGCCAGUAUUCCAGGAAGUCAGAUGCCCCCCCAGCCACCUGGGAGCCAGUCAGAAUCCAGUUCUCAUCCUGCCUUGAGCCAGUCACCAAUGCCACAGGAAAGAGGUUUUAUGGCAGGCACACAAAGAAACCCUCAGAUGUCUCAAUAUGGACCUCAGCAGACAGGACCAUCCAUGUCGCCUCAUCCUUCUCCUGGAGGCCAGAUGCACCCUGGAAUCAGUAGCUUUCAGCAGAGUAACUCAAGUGGAACUUACGGUCCACAGAUGAGCCAGUAUGGACCACAAGGUAACUACUCCAGACCCCCAACAUACAGUGGGGUACCCAGUGCAAGCUACAGCGGCCCAGGGCCCAGCAUGGGCGUCAAUGCCAACAGCCAGAUGCAUGGACAAGGGCCAAGCCAGCCAUGUGGCACCAUGCCCCUGGGACGAGUGCCAUCCACAGGCAUGCAGAACAGACCAUUUCCUGGAAACAUGAGCAGCAUGACCCCCAGUUCUCCUGGCAUGUCUCAGCAAGGGGGGCCAGGAAUGGGGCCACCAAUGCCAACCGUGAACCGUAAGGCACAGGAGGCAGCUGCCGCAGUGAUGCAGGCCGCUGCGAACUCGGCGCAAAGCAGGCCACCAUACAUUAGGUCGCCUGCUUAUCCCAGCCAGUCUGGGGCUGGCGGACGCCCCAUGUUUUCUUCCCAGCACCCCAACUAUGGCAACUCUCAGGCUCCCAUGAUGCACCAGCCUGACCAGUACGGGCAAGGCGGCUUUCCCGGCAUGAAUCAGAGUGGACUCAUGGCUUCCAGCUCGCCCUACAGCCAGCCCAUGAACAACAGCUCUGGGCUAAUGAACACCCAGGCGCCCCCCUACAGCAUGACGCCCAAUAUGGUGAACAGCUCAACAGCAUCUAUGGGUCUUGCAGAUAUGAUGUCUCCUAGUGAAUCCAAACUGCCCUUGCCUCUCAAAGCCGACGGUAAAGAAGAAGGCAGUGCACAGCCGGAGGGCAAGUCGAAGGAUAGCUACAGCUCUCAGGGUAUUUCUCAGCCCCCAACCCCCGGCAACCUGCCAGUCCCUUCCCCAAUGUCCCCCAGCUCUGCUAGCAUCUCCUCAUUUCAUGGAGAUGAAAGUGAUAGCAUUAGCAGCCCAGGCUGGCCAAAGACUCCAUCAAGCCCUAAGUCCAGCUCAUCCACCACCACUGGGGAAAAGAUCACAAAGGUGUAUGAGCUGGGGAAUGAGCCAGAGAGGAAGCUGUGGGUGGACCGCUACCUCACCUUCAUGGAGGAGAGGGGCUCCCCGGUCUCAAGUCUGCCUGCGGUGGGCAAGAAGCCCUUGGACCUGUUCCGACUCUAUGUCUGCGUCAAAGAGAUCGGAGGUUUGGCACAGGUUAAUAAAAACAAGAAGUGGCGUGAGCUGGCAACCAACCUAAAUGUUGGCACUUCGAGCAGUGCAGCAAGCUCCCUGAAAAAGCAGUAUAUUCAGUACCUGUUUGCCUUUGAGUGCAAGAUCGAGCGUGGGGAGGAGCCCCCGCCGGAAGUCUUCAGCACAGGCGACACCAAGAAGCAGCCCAAGCUCCAGCCGCCAUCUCCUGCUAACUCAGGAUCCUUGCAAGGUCCGCAGACCCCCCAGUCAACUGGCAGUAAUUCGAUGGCAGAGGUUCCAGGUGACCUGAAGCCGCCUACUCCAGCCUCCACCCCUCAUGGACAGAUGACCCCAAUGCAAGGUGGAAGGAGCAGCACUGUCAGUGUGCACGACCCAUUCUCAGACGCAAGUGAGUCAUCGUUCCCCAAACGCAACUCCAUGACUCCAAGCACCCCGUACCAGCAGGGCAUGAGCAUGCCAGACGUGAUGGGCAGGAUGCCCUAUGAGCCCAACAAGGACCCCUUUGGAGGGAUGAGGAAAGUGCCUGGAAGCAGCGAGCCUUUCAUGACGCAAGGACAGAUGCCCACCAGCAGCAUGCAGGAUAUGUACAACCAGAGUCCGUCUGGAGCCAUGUCUAGUCUGGGUAUGGGGCCGCGGCAGCAGUUUCCCUAUGGGGCCAGUUAUGACCGAAGGCAUGAACCUUAUGGGCAGCAGUACCCGGGCCAAGGCCCUCCCUCAGGACAGCCGUCAUAUGGAGGACACCAGCCGGGCCUGUACCCACAGCAGACGAACUACAAGCGCCAUAUGGAUGGCAUGUACGGGCCUCCAGCCAAACGCCACGAGGGAGACAUGUACAACAUGCAGUAUGGCAGCCAGCAGCAGGAGAUGUACAACCAGUACGGGAGCUCCUACUCCGGCCCGGACCGGAGGCCCUUGCAGGGACAGUAUGCAUACCCCUACAACCGAGAGAGGAUGCAGGGCCCAGGGCAGAUACAGCCGCACGCCAUCCCGCCCCAGAUGAUGGGCGGCCCGAUGCAGUCGUCCUCCAGCGAAGGGCCUCAGCAGAGCAUGUGGGCUACCCGCAACGAUAUGCCUUAUCCCUACCAGAACAGGCAAGGCCCGGGCGGCCCCACGCAGGCCCCGCCUUACCCCGGCAUGAACCGCACCGAUGACAUGAUGGUCCCUGAUCAGAGGAUAAACCACGAGAGCCAGUGGCCUUCCCACGUCAGCCAGCGUCAGCCUUACAUGUCCUCAUCAGCCUCCAUGCAGCCCAUCACGCGCCCGCCUCAGUCGUCCUACCAGACGCCACCCUCACUGCCAAACCACAUCUCCAGGGCGCCCAGCCCCGCCUCCUUCCAGCGCUCCCUGGAGAGCCGCAUGUCUCCCAGCAAGUCCCCCUUCCUCCCCUCCAUGAAGAUGCAGAAGGUCCUGCCCACCGUCCCCACGUCCCAGGUCACCGGGCCGCCCCCCCAGCCGCCCCCCAUCAGAAGGGAGAUCACUUUCCCUCCUGGCUCCGUGGAAGCCUCACAGCCAGUCCUGAAACAAAGGCGAAAGAUUACCUCAAAAGAUAUCGUUACUCCAGAGGCCUGGCGUGUGAUGAUGUCCCUUAAGUCAGGUCUUUUGGCUGAAAGUACUUGGGCUUUGGACACUAUUAAUAUUCUUCUAUAUGACGACAGCACUGUCGCUACUUUCAAUCUCUCCCAGUUGUCCGGAUUUCUUGAGCUUUUAGUAGAGUACUUCAGGAAAUGCCUGAUUGACAUUUUUGGAAUUCUUAUGGAAUAUGAAGUGGGAGACCCCAGCCAAAAAGCACUUGAUCACAAUGCGGCAAAGAGAGAUGACAGCCAGUCCUUGACUGAUGAUUCUGGGAGAGAGGAAGAAGAUGCUGAAUGUAUUGAGGACGAGGAGGACGAGGAGGACGAGGAGGAGGAAGACAGCGGGAGGGCGGAGACGGAGGACAGAAGCAGCACGGCUGUGGCCUCCCCUGACGCCACCGCAGACCCAAAGGAGAAGCCCAGGCAAGCCAGUAAAUUUGACAGGCUGCCAAUCAAGAUAGUCAAAAAGAACAACCUGUUUGUCGUCGACCGCUCUGACAAGCUGGGUCGCGUUCAGGAGUUCAGCAGUGGACUUCUGCAUUGGCAGCUCGGCGGGGGAGACACCACCGAGCACAUCCAGACUCACUUCGAGAGCAAGAUGGAGAUUCCCCCUCGAAGGCGGCCACCUCCCCCUUUGAGCUCCACAGGCAGAAAGAAAGACCAGGAAGGCAAGGGGGAUUCUGACGAGCACCAAGAGAAAAGCAUCAUCGCAACCAUUGAUGAUGUCCUAUCUGCUCGGCCAGGGGCUCUGCCCGAAGAUGCAAACCCUGGUACCCAGACAGAAAGCAGCAAGUUUCCCUUCGGAAUCCAUCAAGCCAAAAGUCACCGCAACAUCAGGCUGCUGGAGGACGAGCCAAGGAGCCGGGACGAGGCCCCGCUCUGCACCAUCGCACACUGGCAGGACUCGCUGGCCAAGCGCUGCAUCUGCGUGUCCAAUAUUGUCCGGAGCUUGUCUUUUGUGCCUGGGAAUGACGCGGAAAUGUCCAAACACCCAGGCCUGGUGCUGAUCCUGGGGAAGCUGAUUCUUCUUCACCACGAGCAUCCUGAGAGAAAACGAGCGCCGCAGACCUAUGAGAAGGAGGAAGAUGAGGACAAAGGGGUGGCCUGCAGCAAAGCUGAGUGGUGGUGGGACUGCCUCGAGGUCUUACGGGACAACACGCUGGUCACCUUGGCCAACAUUUCUGGGCAGCUAGACUUGUCCGCUUACACAGAAAGCAUCUGCUUGCCAAUUUUGGAUGGCUUGCUGCACUGGAUGGUGUGCCCAUCAGCAGAGGCACAAGACCCCUUUCCCACGGUGGGACCCAACUCUGUCCUGUCGCCUCAGAGACUCGUGCUGGAGACGCUCUGUAAACUCAGCAUCCAGGACAACAAUGUGGACCUGAUCUUGGCCACGCCUCCGUUUAGUCGUCAGGAGAAAUUCUAUGCCACGUUAGUUAGGUACGUUGGGGAUCGCAAAAACCCAGUCUGUCGAGAAAUGUCCAUGGCGCUUUUAUCGAACCUUGCCCAAGGGGACGCACUGGCUGCAAGGGCCAUAGCUGUGCAGAAGGGAAGCAUUGGAAACUUGAUAAGCUUCCUAGAGGAUGGGGUCACGAUGGCCCAGUAUCAGCAGAGCCAGCACAACCUCAUGCACAUGCAGCCCCCGCCCCUAGAGCCCCCCAGCGUGGACAUGAUGUGCAGGGCAGCCAAGGCCCUGCUGGCCAUGGCCAGAGUGGACGAGAACCGCUCCGAGUUCCUUCUGCACGAGGGCCGAUUGCUGGAUAUCUCAAUAUCAGCCGUUCUGAACUCUCUGGUGGCGUCUGUCAUCUGCGACGUACUGUUUCAGAUCGGGCAGUUAUGACAUCAGUGAGAAGGCAGCCUGUGUGAGUGAAGACUAUGGAGGCUCCCGUGUAAUACUGGCUGUGUUCUGUUCUUGUUUCUCCAGCGUAGGACGAAGGAAAGAAAAUCUUUGCUCCUCUGCCCCAUCCACUAUUUACCAAUUGGGAAUUAAAGAGAUAAUUAAUUCGAACAGUUAUAAAAUUAAUAUUUGCUGUCUGUGUGUACAAGUACAUCCUUUCGGGGCUUUUUUAUUUUGUUUUGUUUUGUUUUUUAACCAAAGUUGCUGUCUAGUGCAUUCAAAGGUCACUUUUUGUUUUUCAGAUUUUCUUUUUAAUGUUCUUUUCCAUGUCGUAUUGCAUUUUUGGGGAAGCAAAUUGACUUUAAAGAAAAAAGUUAACGGCAAAAGAUGCUAUAAGAUGGGAAAAAUUCACCACACUGAGACAAAAAGGCAAAAAUUUAUCAAUUUCCUAGCUGUGUUAUUCUUCAAAUAAUGAAAAAAUUGCAACUGUAUCCCAUCGUCCAAAGCUCUGUGCAAUAGAAAUUUCUAGGUAGGUAUAGGGGCUCACGAAGAUGUUGUCAGUCAGCGGUUUAAAUAGGAAAUGAUACUGGUUUCUCCACAGGAAAAUGGUUACAUUAGGCUAGGAGCAAAAUGUGUUUUUUAAGUUAAGAUUGAAAACCUACCUGACAACGAUCAGUGGAAACUGCUUCCUCACCACUACCGCCAUGUCUGCUGUCUGUCGUUUGACCUUCCACAUGACAGUUCUUCACAAUUCCUUUAAUCAUUUUUUAAAUAUUUUUUUUACUGCCUUUGGGCUGUGAUGUAUAUAGAAGUUGUACAUUAAACAUACCCUCAUUUUUUUUUCUUUUUUUUUUUUAGUAAAAAGUUUUUAGUUUCUUUUUCAUGAUGUGGUAACUACGAAGUGAUGGUAGAUUUAAAUAAUUUUUUAUUUUUAUUUUAUAUAUUUUUUCAUUAGGGCCAUAUCUCCAAAAAAAAAAAAAAAAACAAAAAAUACAAAAAACAAAAACAAGAAAAAAAAAACAAAAAAAGAGGGUAAUGUACAAGUUUCUGUAUGUAUAAAGUCAUGCUCUAUUUCGGGAGAGCAGCUGAUCACAAUUUGCUUCAUGAAUCAAGGUGUGGAAAUGGUUGCAUAUGGAUUGAUUUACACAAUGGUUACUAGUACAGACAAAAAAAAUACAACUAAAAGGAAGAAACACAACUUCAAAAAUUUUUCAGUGACGAGAAUCCACAUUUGUAUUUCAAGAUAAUGUAGUUUAAAAAAAAAAAACUUGAUGUAAAUUCCUCCUUUUCCUCUGGCUUAAUGAAUAUCAUUUAUUCAGUAUAAAAUCUUUAUAUGUUCCACAUGUUAAGAAUAAAUGUACAUUAAAUCUUGUUAAGCACUGUGAUGGGUGUUCUUGAAUACUGUUCUAGUUUCCUUAAAAUGGUUUCAUAGUAACCAAGUAACAAGAAAAAGGGGGGAAACAACCCUGUACUAACAUAGCCCCUCGUUAUGAAACCCUGAGGUCGGGAGGGACCUUUAAGGGUUACCUACUUUAGAGUGGGGAGCAAGAGUUUGAUUUUCUCAAAGGAUUUCAAUAACUGGCCUUUGUUUGAAGCAGUCAACUCUGACAAUAUGGCGGUCUGAGAAUUUUCCGUGUCUGGGGGCGGUGGCUGCCAGCCCAUGAGGUGGGAUCACUGGCCUGACAGUGUAACACCCUGCCUUUUUCUAACCCCAUCCUAAUUUCAAUCAGAGUUCAAUCUAUUCUGUGUUUUUCCUGUGUGCCUCAAAGUUAUUUUGCAUUUAGUUUACUUCACCUUGUAUAAUAUUUAUAUUGUGCAAUGUUAAAAAGAAUAUGUUAUAUUGUAUGUGGUGUACAUAGUGCAAAGUGAUUAUUUCUAUUUCAGGGCAUAUUAAUAUUCUCAUAUUCCUUCCUAUCCUGGUGCACAGUAGCUUUUGAUUACUAGUCACUUCUAGUUUAAAGUUAACUUCUUCCUGGGUCAUUGACUGUUCUUGUGUAACAAUCGAUUUCUUUGAAACUGCUGCAGAGGUAAACCAUUAGCGGACACCCUUCUGACUCUACCUCUUCACACCACCCUGCCAAUCUCAGCAGACUCAAAACUUCCAAGUUUAUUCGCCAGACCUGUUGUCUGGGUGCACAUUACUCACAGUAAUACAUGGAAGAGUUAGAUGAGAGCGCUUGGUUACAAUGAGAGGGUGGAAUGGGACUCUCGUGUCAUAAGAAAAGGUUUUUUUCCUGCAAGCAUUCCCAUCAUCUGUCAACUCCCACAUUAGUCAGUCUUCUUAUAUAAUAAUGCAGCCAAAUUUAUGUUGAAUUUAAAACCCAUUUAUAAUUCUACUUUAAAUUUAUCUGCUUGCUAAGAACAGAUUCUAGUGCUCCAAGCUUCAAAUUUGUAAGAGGGAAUUCAAUAUUAUUCUGAUUCCUCUCUUACAGAGUAUGAAUAAAAAGUGUAUACAAACUUUGAAGUUUGUCAAUCAAGAGUGAAAUAUUACAAGAGACUGUUGUUGUCAUGGUUUGAGUUGUAAUCAAUAUCUAGAGUCUGACCACUGAGCAACAAGAUUUUACAUACCGAUACGUGAUGUAAUCUCUAGUAUAAUCCAGGAAGAUUUUAGCAUCCUUUCUACAUUCUCACCCCAGAAUGAAGACUGCAGAAGCCCAUGAAGAACUUACAGCCUGCCUGACAUCAUCUUGCCUACAAACUGAGUUAUUGCUUUGUCCUAAAAAUUAGUUGGUUUUUUUUUCCUAUGAGGCUUUUCAGAAAUUUACAGGAUGCCCAUACUUUAAAUGUGUACAAAAAAAAAAAAAAAAGAUUAAAAUAAAGGUGCAAAGAAAGUUUAGUAUUUUG